GGAAGUAGAUCUCAUCUUCCACGAUGGUCCCGUCCUCUUCCAGAACCACUUUGACGGGAGCGUCCGGACCGAUGGGAAGAGACUCGCCACCUGGGCAGGAAACGGAAAACACAUUUCCUCCAUUGAGCUCGUCAGCAAGCAGUGCUCGCUGACCUGUUGUCCUGGGUCAGAAAAAGCAAUCGAUUGCGACGUCAUCGAACGACUCAAGCAAAGAGAAGGAAGAUGGCCUCCACUGAUCAACUUGAUCCACUGGCUCAGUCUGGCCUUCCCCCUGGUGACGAAAGGCCUGCUUUUCCAAGAGAAGCUUUGAUUACCACUGCUGUGAAAUUUCUGCAAAACCCGAAGGUGCGCCAGAGUCCACUGGCCACCCGGAGAGUCUUCUUGAAGAAAAAAGGCCUGACUGAUGAGGAGGUGGAGCUGGCCAUCCUGCGCUCGGGCAGCACGGACGAGGUCCUGGCUCUGAGCCCGCUGGGACCCGCGCAGAUAGUGCCCGUAACGCACCUUCCUCCAGGCUACCGAUGGCGGGACUACAGCGCCAUGGCGGUCAUCAUGGUGGGCGUGGCCUUCGGUCUGCAGCACCUCUACAAGAGAUACAUCCUCCCUCUGAUUGUGGGACGGCGCCAGGACCAGCAGCAUCUGCAGCGGCUGGAGAGCAGCGUGGCGGAGAUGAGUGGCACGCUGACACAGACAGGUGAGGAAUCUCAACCUGGCUGUCAGACGCAGCCCCCCCUCCAGUCGGCGCCGGCGGAGACCCUCCGGAUGCUGGACACCCAGACGGUGGCCGACCUGAAGGCUGAGAUCGCCUCCCUGAAGGGCCUGAUGCUCAGCAGGAGGCAGUUCCCCGCCUCGCCCUCCAUGCCCAAGAUCCCCGCCUGGCAGAUCCCCCUGAAGGCCCAGCCGGUGUGCAGUGGCCCCCCGGCCCCCCACCCCGCCUCCAGCCCCCCCCCGGGCAGCAGCAGCAGCGACAUCUCCCCCGUCAGCCAGGACUCCAGCGCGGCCUCCCCGGCCCCCCAGGACGGGCUCCGGGGCCCAGAGGGGCUCCGGGGCCCCGACGGCGCCGACCUGGUCAACGGGGACGGGGGGGCCGGCGGCGGCGCGGGCGUAGCGGUCGCCCCCCAGGACCAGGUCCGCAUGGAGGUGCAGGGGGAGGAGGAGAAGGGGGAGGAGGAGGAGGAGGGGGAGGAGGAGGUGGUGGUGGUGGGGGCGGAGGAGGAGGAGGAGGAGGAGGAGGAGGGGGAGCUGGUCGUCAUGCCCACGGUGGACCGCCGGGGGGGCGACGGACAGAUCCACGAGCCGGUGGACAAGCUGCGGCGGCCGGAGGGGGCGAGCAACGACCACGAGGUGGACUAGAGGAGGGGGGGCCAGACCCCCUGCAGGCUCACCCCCCCCCCCCCCCCCCCCCCCCCCCUCUGACUUUAACCUUUGAUUUCAAUGUUAAUCAUGUCGGGUUCGCCGCAGUGUCUCCACACUCGAAGGAGAACGUAGGAACACGCAGGUUGUUGGAUGAGGGGCAAAACUACAGAGUGAGUGCGCCUGUGUGUGUGUGCGUGUGUCUGUGUGUGCGUGUGCGUGCGUGCGUGCGUGCAAGAAGGCCCUGUUGACAUGUGACCUUGUUGCUCAAUGUUAUUCCCGCCGCUCACCGACUCGCUCCGAGCCCGGGAUGGGAACGCCGGAGCGCGGCCAGCGGCGGGCGUCCAGAGACUGGCUGCCGUCCGGCUAAAACCCCCCGUCCCCCCCCCCUCCCCCCGUUGUUGUGGUGCCGUCUGUCAGUGUAACCCCCCCCCCCCCCGCGGCCCGCGACAUUGCCGCGGUGAGAACGUGGACGUCGAGCAGCAGGACUUUACUGUACAUCAGCGAGUCGUGUUUCUCCGUUCUAUUAGUUCUGUUCUUCUAGAGUAGAAGGGCAGGGGUCACAGGGGUCACACUCACUGUCCCCGCAAAGCCCUCGGAGCUACCGGAAGGUUCCAGCGAGGCACACACACACACACACACACACACACACACACACACACACACACACACACACACACACACACACACCCCUACACACAUACACACACAGAACGACACGCAGACGCAGACACACACACACACACACACCCCUACUUAUACAAACACACCCACACACACACACACACACACACAGCGAGACACACACACACACACACACACACCCCCCCGUGUCUCCCCUGUGAGUGCCGAUAGGAGGGGACAGGCCGGGGCUUUUAGACUCUUUUAUGUGUCCUUUCACAUUGGUGUCACUCUGUCAAUAAUUCACAAGGCCAGCCGAGUGGCAUUUGGGGGAAAUAAAAGCCCUGAAAUUUGAGAUUAGAAUGUGAUGACGGCUGUUGUUCCACACCAGUGUGAGAGGGAGAGGGAGAGAGAGAGAGGGAGAGAGAGAGGGAGAGAGAGAGGGUGAGAGGGGGGGAGAGGGAGAGAGAGAGGGGGAGAGAGGGAGAGGGAGAGGGAGAGGGAGAGAGCUACUAUGCUGAAAGGAGAGGAAGAUGAAUGGAUUUUUUCCUCUCCCUUUUUGACUUUCCAGUAUCUUUUUUUUUCCCCCAUUUCACAGAACGUGUGUGUGUGUGUGUGUGUAGACAGAAAGGGUGGUAGAAAGAGAGAGCGAGAGGGACCAGUGUGUCCUCAGCUGGGCGUCUCCCCCCCCCCUUCAUUGGUUUAUGAAGUAUGUUAAUAAUCGAAUGAUAAACAAAUAACAGAUGUAUUAGUUCAUGCGGUUUGAAAUGUCGAGGAGGCUAAAAGUGGAAAUCUAAUCCUGGCAGCCCUGUUGCAUUAUGUGAUUUUCUGUGACAAACCCUGGGGUCCAAAUUACACGGGGGGGGGGGCUCCGACGGUGAGUAAUCUUUACCGAAAACGGCCCCGAUAUUUUUGUAAUUAAGCCGAGGUGAAACGAGGAGGGAUCGGCCCGCCCACGGAAGGCGCUGAACUUCUGGUUCUGCUUCCCACCGAGGGUGGGGGAGGGGGGGUCAGUGGCGCGGUUCAGAGGUGGGCGGGGGGCGUUCCUUUACCAAAAACACCAAACGACACCGUGAUUGAUAGAGAAAGCAACGUAUGAAUGUGUCUGCUCAGAUUUCUCGGCGGAUGUGGGAAGAUCAGUGAGAUGAGAGAUACCGGAGGUGUCUUGAUCUCCCACCAAGAGAGGGAGGAGAGGUGAACUCAAAAUGGACGCAGUGCACUGUAACCUGCAGAGGCCUUGUUUGUGACGUGCAAGUCUCGGUAUGACUGUAGUGACACCCUUAACACACUGUAAACGAAAGUUCAUGUCUGGGGCUGGAUUCAAUUUUUUAGUAAUCUUAAUUGUGAUGUGGCUUCUGUCAUCUAGUCCCUCCUCUUCCUUGUUGGUAGCUGACCUCUCGAUAUGAGCCAGAAAUAUGCAUUUGUAAUAAACAAUGUUAAUCAUA